AUGUUGAUUCGUCCUGCUCUGGAUGUUGAGCCGCCUAAGCUCAUGGGGCCUGACGAGAUCACCGUCAGUCAAGCAAGUCACAAUCUCAGAAAACAAGAGAUCGAGCAGCUCCAGCGUAUUUACUGUCGAGGUGAGUUACUGCAUGAGGUGCAAAUGCAGGAGAUCUUUUCAGACAGCAAACACUUUGUGGACAUGCCUAUCAAAGUUACGUCGUCAGUGGAUGAAGUUCUGACCGAGUUCCAGAAACUCCAAUCUUCUUUUUUUGUGAACACAACAAAAGGAGAAGAUUGGAAAGCUCAACUUGCUACGUUUGUCAACCAACACUUUGAUCCACCAGGAGCAGAGUUGGUUUCUGUCACCCCACCAGAUUAUCAAGAAAAGGAGAUGCCACCACAAAUUGCAAAUAUCAGAAAUGAUAGUCUACGUGGUUGGGCUAUGGAUUUACACAAGUUGUGGAAGUUGUUAGCUCGUGUCCCUGCGUCUGUCUCGACAGACCAAGUGUCUAAGAGCUCAUUUCUUCGCUCGCUUCCUAUUGUUUCAGCAUCGAAUGAGCCACUAAGCGCAUUUAAACGUCAAUUUAAUGGAGAAAACAUUCUUGUUUUGCCUGGUGGACGUUUUCGUGAGAGUUACUACUGGGAUUCGCUCUGGAUUGUAAAAGGACUAUUGAUUAGCGGGUUGCAUCAAACAGCUCGCGGGGUCGUGAAUCACUUGCUCGAAUAUGUGGCUGAAUUUGGGUUUGUUCCCAACGGAGGACGCAUUUACUACCUUACACGUUCACAGCCGCCAAUGCUCUCGGAUAUGGUAAAACUUGUUGCAAAGCUUGACAGUACCAAUGCUUCAGAUGGUGACAUUAGCACCUGGGAUCUUCAAUACUUGCGUGGUGCGGUGCCUUUGCUUGAGCGCGAGUACGAUUUCUGGAUGGAUCGUGGUACUCACGGUCAUGCUGUCGAGAUACUCGGAUGUGAGUCUUUGCAGUCUGCAGGUGAACGUUUUGUGCUCAACCGAUACGUAGCGCAAGCAGCUGAACCGCGACCGGAAUCGUACCGUGAAGACUUUAAUACGACAUCUGCUGCUGGUGUAGACAAGGCUUUAAUCUACGACGAAAUCAUCGCGGCAGCGGAAAGUGGUUGGGACUUCAGCAGUCGAUGGUUUGGUGACUAUUCAACGCUUGAAACGAUUCAUACCUCUCGAGUGAUUCCUGUAGAGCUGAAUUCGAUUAUGCACCGAGUGGAACUUAACCUUGCAGAGUUUCAUAAGAUACUAGGAAACUCUGUCGCAUCGGCACGAUUUCUUCAUGCAGCAAAAAUUCGGGUGGCUGCAAUGGACGCCGUGUUGUGGAGCGAGUCGGAGGGAUGCUGGAAGGACUAUUUGCUGGACUCCCGCGAGCAUUCCAAAGUGGUGUCCGUGUCCAAUUAUUCUCCGCUGUGGGGAGGAAUUGUCGAUUCCUCUGACACAUUGCGUGUGGACAAGAUCGUGGCGUCUCUGGAAAAGUCUGGGCUGGUGCAGAUAGGUGGUGUUCAAACCACAACUUCAGUCACAGGCCAGCAGUGGGACGCACCUAAUGCCUGGCCGCCUCUGCAGGAUAUCAUCAUUGAAGGUCUGCAGACAGCAGGCACUGAAAAAGCGCGUGCACUUGCGAAACGCCUUGUCAAGACGUGGGUCGAGGCUGGUUUCGUGGCAUGGCAGAGAACGGGUUUUAUGUUUGAAAAGUACAGUGCCCUGCAACUUGGUGGAAUUGGCGGCGGAGGCGAGUAUACGACGCAAUUCGGUUUCGGUUGGUCCAAUGGUGUAAUUCUUACUUUCCUCGCCAAGUACCAGACCGACUAG